GCAAGAUAUUUGAGAAGUUUAAAUCCCUCCUGAAGAGCUGAAAGGCAAGAGCGCCACUGACACACAGAUUAGACAGGGAAGGGAAGUGUAAAAUGAGUCUAGAGGGUAACCUCUCAUUUAAUAGCGGCGUGGAGUAUUGAUGAGCCCAGUUUUAUUUGCUUCAGCAGUUAAUCCCCGGCGAUAUAUAUCAGAAAGAGCACUUUCCUGCAGGGGGUCUAUGAGAGCCGUUUGAUUAUAAUUGAAAAACAGUGCCGGUGCGGACGAUGAAGAAAACGGCUAUUUUAUACUUUCUGUGCAUUUUAAUGUUAUCUUUCGGUCUCUCAAGAGGAACUGGUUUUAUUUACCGGUUUCCAGGGGUCGCACUGCAGCGUCUUAACAACGAACAAAGCACAGGACCACCGGCCAGCACAAACACGCACCACAGCAGGAACUGGUGUCAAUACUCGGUGUCGAAGACUGUGACGUGCCAGGUGCAGAAUGGCACUGAGAAGCUGGUGCAGAGGGUGUUUCAGAGCUGCCGCUGGCCAGGGCCCUGCAACAACCUCAUAAGUUACAGGACUCUGGUCAGGCCCACCUACCGCGUGACCUACCGGCUGGUGACCGCCCUGGAGUGGCGCUGCUGCCCGGGAUUCCUCGGAGAAGAUUGCCGGGAGGAGUGUAUGAACUGCAGCAGCUUCACAGACUUGAGUGAAAGACUGAGCACUGUUGAGUCCAAGAUCCUGUUGCUGAGGGAGACCUUGCCAGCUACCACUGCAGCCAACCGUCUGCAUGAGGGAUCGACCGAUAAUGAGGUGGGCGCACCCAACCCCACGCCCUUAGGACCCCCCGUGGUCGGGCUUCCAGGUGUCAGAGGGCCCCCGGGGCCAAUGGGGCCCCCAGGUGCUCCCGGAUCGGCUGGACCUCCUGGCUCCCCAGGAGCGUUGGGGCUCACCGGAAAGCUUGGCCCCAUGGGACCUAGAGGACCCCCGGGUCAGAGAGGACCCCAGGGAGAGAAGGGUCUACCUGGGCCUCCUGGGCCACCAGGCCCGGCCUCCCCUUUCCCCCUCCGCGGUGACAUGUUCAUCCUGAACAGUAGGCAGCUGGGCCAGGAUGAAGAACUCCUCUACACUGUGCCUCAUCUAAGCCACCAAGUGACACCGGGCCCCCCAGGUCCGCCCGGGCCCCCCGGACCCCCAGGGCCCGCGGGGCCAGUGGGGGACCUAGGACUACCUGGGCGACAUGCGGAGGGAGGCAUCGUUGGAAAAACUGGAGAUCCAGGACCUAAAGGAGAUCCUGGAGAAAAGGGACCUCCUGGAUUCGCAGGACAGCAUGGCCUUCCAGGUGCACCCGGACCCAAGGGUGAGCCAGGAGAGAGCUUGCAGGAGGGAGAAGGAGUGCAGCAGCUGAGGGAAGCCUUGAAAAUCCUGGCCGAGAGGGUCCUCAUUCUGGAGCACAUGCUUGGCAUUCAUGAAAGUCCAGUAGAGACGGGUUCUGGAUUAGAUCUCUUCGCGGACCCGUUAUCGGUGCCUGCUGUGAAAAUUAAAAGAGCACACUCCAGACUGCAAAGAGAAAGCAGCCCCGCUGCCAAAAGCAAAGAGCGUAGCUUAGGCUAUUAGCCAGCGUGUCGCGGCCCAGCGUGUCGCUGCCCGGCGUGUCAUGGCCCGGCGUGCGAGCCUGUCAGCUUGUGUGUCAGGCCUUGGACUGAGGGGCUGGGAUCUCGGGACAUGCUUUAGGCGGGAUAACAGGCGGCCGCUCCUCAGCCAAGUUCCGAUACGGUGAUGUCGUCGUUGUCACGAUCUUUAUCACCGUUUCUUUCAAGGCCUCUGAAAACAUUAUUUAUAGAUAUUCAGGAUGCACAGUGUUUACUGUGAUGCUUUUUAGUGCAUUUUUUAGUAUCUGUGACUGAUUGCUUUUGCAUAUUGAUGGUAUCAGUCGUCUCAAGUGCUCCAAGUGGUUUUCAGUCGUACUUUUUAUAGAGCACAAUUAAAUGCAUGUACUUGUCUUAAUUUGCUCACACUUCUACGAGUGAUUUCUGUCAGACCUUCGAAGGCUCUCCGUGCAGUUUUUGAUUAGAUUUACGUGCAGUAUUUCAGUUCCUGUCGUACAGAGUUUAAACUACAGCCAUUAUUAAUGUUGAUGCCACCAUAAGAAAUGAACAGCGUUUCCACGUAAAAUCUUAAUCAACACUGCGUGAUCUUUCUAAAUUCUUUUGAGCAUUUAUAAACUGCAUAUAAAAAUUAUACAUUUAAUCUCAUCUAAAGCACAUAUUUCUUUGAAGUUGAUUGGUAGUAAUGACACUAAGGAUUCUUUCAUUUUCCGUGGGAGCUUCAUAAUUUAUGAUGCGGUAUGUUUCAUUUAAAUCGUGUGUUGGCUGUGUGUGCAGUGUUGGGGUGCUUUUCCAAGCUCGUUGAUGUCUCCCAAUACCGAGAACACGGAAAUCGUACUUGUGGUCUUAGCAAGAUGAACUGGGGGUGCAAUGAGAUUGUUCUUGUUUGCCGAGGAUCCAACUGAAGUAUCUUUGGGUCGAGGCAAGAACGGCAUCCGGGGAUUUUUUACCGUCCUUUUACUUCUUUUCUUGAGUAUUGAAACUUGAGUAUCGGAAUCGGCAAUGGAAGAUGAUGUAAAAUGAGUUCAUGAGAACACGGUAAAGUACGCACGUCGAGAAACACCCAGUAGCUUGAAUCUGGACCCUUUGGGGGGGAUUGAUCUUCGCUGCAUACGCAGCCUCUCUGUGGCCAUUUUCUUAGAUUAUCUCUCUCUUAUUGUUUUUUUAAAUGUACAAACACAAUAAUAAUCUGGGGUGAACAUAACUGAUACGCAAGUACGUAUUCGCCUUUAAAAAGGAUAUGUGCGACAAUCGAUUGUGGUAACACUUAUUUUAUGUGCAUUUGCGCUGAAAUGAAAACAAAACAAAAUGCAUUUAAUCUUUAUAUGCUAACUCUACUUAUAUGUGCAGUAUACAGGUUAAAAUUCAAGGUAUUUUCUUGUCAUAGCAGCGCAAAUGCACAUGAAAUAAGUACGCAAACAGUCGGUUGUCGCACUUAUCACUUUUAAAGGUGAAUGCUUAAUUGCGUACCAGUUAUGUCCAUCCCUGAUCAUAAUAAACCAAAAGCCAUUUUCAGGAACUUCACAUGUAAUGAAAUUAACAACAUCCUGAACAGAUGUGUCUGUUCAGUCAUUUAUGCGAGAGCCAGGCUCUAAUAAUCUCAGCAGAUUUUUUUUUUAAUGUUGUCUUAUUUAAUAUCUCUGACUUGGAAUGCUAUUAACUACAGUAUCUGAGGGAAGAACACAGCUUAGGCCUGCAGCUUGAUAACAGUACUGUAAGGAGGACUUGACUGAGGUCCUUCUCAGCAUACAAAUUAAACUGUCAGUCUGUUUCAUUUACAACAAGGCCUGGUAUUCCAGAACUCUUGGGGAUUUUCAUGUAGGCCAGGUUAUGUAGAGCAGUGUUUCCCAAUCUGGUCCUGGGGGACCUGCAGACAGUCCAUGUUUUUGUUCCCUCCCAGGAGCAAAAAUAUGGACUGUCUGGUGAGGAGCUGAUAGGGAGCAAAAACGUGGACCGUCUGUGGGUCCCCGAGGACCGGGUUGGGAAACACUGCUGUACAGUUUUAGUUAAUCAGACAGUGAGAGAGGCUUCUGUAAAGCUCAGUCAAAGCUUGAACAUUUCUAUACACAUUUAUACAUUGACAUUCACCGUGUCCUUGUGAACCUUCUGCUCCCCAUCAAUGCCUCUUGAGGUCUACGAGCAGGGGUUUUAUGUAAUACACUUGUUAGUCUAAAUCUGAUAUUCUGGAAUAUCAGAGUCAUUACCACUCUUCUGAUGCUCUCUAAAUGUUGAAGUGAAGGAAAUGAAAGCAGGGAAUUAAUUAUCUCGUACAACAUGUGUGCAUUGACAUGUUUUGUUUCUGAUUGAUUGAUUGAUUGAUUGAUUAAUUGAUUGAUUGCAGUGUAAUAUGUGUAAAUACAAGGUGUAUUCAAAAUACUUUUGGGCAUGUAAUGGAACGUCUUUCAACCUUAUUGGCACCUCAUGUUAAGAUCCAUAUAUGAAUGAAUCGCAACAAAGCUGAAAAUUAUGAUCCAUCAGUGUACUGGAGCUGUCAAUGACAUCUCAAUGUUCAUUUUGUGUUUAUGUUGUAUCAUGGUGCCUGUAAAUGUUAUUAUGGUGAUUACAUGGACUGUAGUCGCAUCAAUAAAUCCCUUUAAGACGUAA